CUGAACUGCAAUUAAGUGGCCCCUCUUUCAAAACAGGAAGUAGGAGGGUGGGGAAGCUGAGCCCUAUGUGGCUGGUAAGCUGACCGGCUCCUAGGAGAAAAGUGGAGUGGACUUUGGAUCUUUCUAAACAUCCUUCAUUGGAACCCAGUGCAUUCAUUCCCUGCGGAAAGACAAGCUGCCUACAGCAAACAACUGGGGAGAGGAACAAGAGAGCCGUGGCUGCUGGCAGAGCAAACAUGAAUCCGACGACUUCAGCGGCCCCCCUGGCCAACUCUGUGUUUGUGGUGGCACCCCAAAAUGGGUACACUGUGUUCCCGGGGGGCAUGUCUCAGGUGCCCCUGUAUCCAAACCAGCAGCCCCAGGUGCACGUAAUUCAUGGGAACCUACCUGGUUCACAACCAUUUGUGAGUGAGCAGCUGGCCCAGAGGACCUUGAAAGAAGGCAAAACCUUAGGGGCCGUCCAGAUCCUCAUUGGCCUGGUUCACAUCAGCCUAGGCUCGGUCAUGUGCACCGUCCUCUUGGGACAAUACAUAGCUGUCUCACUCUACGGGGGGUUUCCCUUCUGGGGAGGCAUCUGGUUCAUCAUCUCAGGAGCCUUCUCAGUAUCAGCAGAAAAGCAGCCCAAAUCUUCUUGCCUGCUGAAGGGCAGCUUGGGCUUGAACAUCGUCGGUGCAAUCUUCUCUAUGGUUGGAAUCAUCCUCUUCAUCACAGACAUUUGUAUAUUCCCGUUCUACGUGUACCACAGCUAUCCUGACUAUGCCUUCUGGGGUGUGGUCCCUGGAAAGGCUCUUUCUGGCGUGCUGCUCAUCUUCUGCCUCCUGGGGUUCUGCAUUGCAUGUACCUUGUCCCACUUUGGCUGCCAGCUGGUCUGCUACCAACCCAGCACCGUGGGCGUGGUCUUCCCGAAUGUCUAUGUGGCAAACCCAGCUGUCAUCCCGGAACCAGCAACCUCGCCACCAAAUUUUUCCGAGACCCAAGAACCUAAAUAAGCAAAACCAAAGAUUCUAGAAGCAUUUUCACUGGAACCCAAAGAAGACCCUCCCUUUCUAAGCUUUGGAAACCAGAUCCUUCCUUCCUUGACAAUCUAAAGGAGCUGUCUCUCCAACCGCAUGCAUCCUAGCCAUGAUUCGUUUCAGCCUGGUAAUUCUGCUGUUCCUCUAUUAAAAAGGAGACAGGAAUUUUAAACGGAUUUUAACAAAAAAGGUCUUCCCCAGGGCAUCCGACAAGGGGCCCUUGUGUUCACACAUGUCUAGACAACCCAAGCUCCGAUCUUUCAAUCAUCCAUUCAUUUAAUAAAAAUGCACUAAGCAUUUGAUAUGUUCAAGGUUCUAUUCACAGCAGGAGGAGGGCAAACAUUGUGUACACAACAGCCCUUGACCUCAAGGAACGUCUGGCCUCUAGAGAGGACGAUAGACAAGCAAUUUUCUCUAGCACGGGUCAGAGUGUGGGGAUACGCAGAGAGAGAGCAGAGAGCGGUGCGACUUAUUCUGGCAGUGAUGCAAAUAGGAAUGUGGGAAGCAGAGAACAAUCCAGGUUGAGGAAGCAACAUUUGAGUGGGGCACCAAGGGAGGGCAAGGGCUUUUUUAUGGAAUAAGGAAACACACGCCGUUGGGAAGACCUUUGAAGAGAGUGAAUCAUCCACUAAAAUGAUCAGUCUUUUUUUUUUUUGUGUUAUAACUGAGGCAAUAGUGCUCCUGAGUAAACACUGUCUUACAGUAUCUUCCAAAGUUGUAAACUGAGGGAGGAUUGUAUAGCUUGGUGGUAGAGUGCGUGCUUAGCAUGCACAAGGUCCUAGGUUCAAUUCCCAGCACCUUCGUUAAAAAUAAAUGAAUAAGUAAGCCUAAUUACCUCCUCGCCCCACCAAAAAAAUUAAAAUUAAAUAAAAAUUUAAAAGUUAUGAGGUGAAAUAUGAAAAGAAAUUUUCACAUAUUAAGUUAUGUGAAAGGGAAGACAUUCUGGCUUAUAUAUGAAUUGAAUUUUUUGCUAACUAAAAUAGCCGGUUUGUGGCCUAACAAACACACACUGUAGAUCUUCUUUAAUUAGUAAAGAAAAGGGCACAUGAACCAGAAGUAAAAGGAAUGUCCACGUUAAAAAUAAAAAUUAAAUGCCUCUCUUCCUGGAACGUCAAUGCUGGUUCCCCUUUGAUGGUAAGACACCCUUCGCAACUGCCCAGGCCAUCCUGACAUGCUGUGUACCGGCUGAUGUGUGUGUGUGUGUGUGUUUUGAAACCUUGAAGAAAUGUAUCUCUGAUUUGUUUAAUUUUCUUUGUUCUGACAAAAUAUAAAACUGUGCUGGAAA